AGCGCUCCGCUAGCAUGUUACUGCCGUGUCUGUGAUUUUUACCAGUAUGUUGUUAUUUUUUUUUAAACGGCCCUGUUAGCGCAGUGGCGCUAGCAUUAGUGUUGAAUUAUGUUCUCGUAUUUUGUUUUAUGGAUUUUAUUUUGAAACUUAUGUAGUGGGGGGGGUCACGUGAUUGACUAACACCAACAAGCUGUAAGGGUGAGUUUUUCUGUUCUGUUCUGUUCAUUAUGGGAUGCAUGUUGAUACCGAAAACAACGUCACUCAGUUGACUGUGUGACAUCAAUCAGUCAAGUAUUAUAUAACUAUAUAACUUAUAACUAUGGACGAGCCUGGAAGUACAAAUGCAACAAUUAGCGUUAGCCCGACGGCGUUAGCGUUAGCGCAGUGGGGCUAGCGUUAGCGUGGCGGCGCCAGCGUUAGCGCGGCUGUGCUAGCGGUAAACUCUUUCUGUGUACUGUCUUUCUUGUAAAUAUCUCAUGUUUCAAUGUGGGGAAUUGCGGCAUAUGUAUGUACCAAAUGGUAUUUCCUUUCCAAAUGUACUGGGUGAGGCUUAUAGCCAGGUGCGAUUUGUAGGCCAGGAAUUACGGUCGUUGGAAAAACCCAUUCCCCUUGAUUUCUGAUUCCAAAACUAGUUCUUAAAUUUCACGUGUAAAUAUGAUGAGGCGGUUAAUGAUUUUUAGCGUUUCACAGCCACAACGGGGAAGCGUGAGUACAAUGUGACUCGCGACAAAAGUGAGUUUGAAACCCCUGGCGUAAAACAAGUGCUACUCAAUUCUUCUUCUUCUUCUACCGCUACUCAAGAUUAGUGCUGUGUUUUAUAUGUGCAGAAAUAUUAUUUUCUAGGUUUUGGCCCUAUUGUGAACUGAUCCCACUUCGGCCCAGGUUGACUUCAACAGCUGAAAACUGAAAACGAAGUUUUCUCGAGCACGUUUCAUAAUCGUGAUCAUUUUUUUUUUAAAUCAUCCUCACGGCGCCCCUGCGUCGAAAUCAUGUCCCGAAAACGAGGGAGGAGAAGCUGAACAUGGAGGGAUGGACAUCACUUUCCAGGGAGCGGUUUAAAAAAAAAAACAAAAAACAAAAAAAAAAAAUCUGUAUAACAGGGACGGGAACGCUCGGAAACUCUCCUCCUCUCGCCCUCCGCUUUCGACUCUGAUUUUUUUUUUUUUUUUCCGCCAUCCGCUCUGUCCUCAACCGGCUGUGCAGCCGCUCACGACGUUGACCAGCAUAACCUAAAAGAUGUCACCCCGCUCGCUUUUCCGCCUGGCCUGCGUGGGCCUCCUGUCGCUGUGCUGCGGCGUGGCUCGCGGCGCGCCGAUGUUCUACAACGUCUCCAUGGACGCAAGCGGUGACGACGGGCUGGAGUUCCUCUUCCCCAGGUCCUUCUCCACCCGAGAACCGGUUCAAGUCAGCGCCGCCACCCUUUCCCCGGAGGCUUCCGACACCCCGACCCUCACCAACUCCAUCACCACCACCAUCAUCCGUCUGAAGGACUUCGUCCUGACCCGAGUGGUGGACUUCCUGGAGGAGAACCUUCUCAUCAUCGUCGUGGUGACCUCGCUUCUCAUCGUCAUGGUCUUCAUCAUCUGCUGCGCCUCCGCCAUGAGUCAGAAGCGCAAACUGGAGGCCUACAAGGCCCCGACUCAGCCUUCCAAGAAGCACCCGACCAAUAAAAGCGGCGGACGCAGAGUUUCCGACGAGGUCCCCGAGAGGCCGUAUGCCGUGGACCACGUCAAGAGGGUCCACACGCAAGGCGGCGCCUCCUCGCCCAAGAACCUCCGCGUACCCUCCAAGGGGCUGAUCGGAGAGAGGGGCAGGGACGUCAGGUCGUCGCCCCGCCAGGUCAGGGAGGCGGAGGAAGCGGAGAAGCGGCGAGAGGAGCCCAGACGCAAAGAGCAGCCCAAGCGCGGGGAGGAGGCCCAGCACGCCUCCGCUGCCCCCGUCUGCACCUGCCACCUGAAGAAGGGCCACCACUAGAGCGGGCGAAGCCGAGCCGAGCCCGUGCAAAUCGGCUCCAGCGUUUACUCCGGCUUAAGUCCACGUACUACUACGUAGUUUGUCCUCAUUAGUAAGACACAAAUACAGCAGAGAGGCUGCACUAGUGGAACUUGUUCCUAGUUGGGCAAAUCUGCAUGCGAGCUGACUUGUACGCUACUAGUGAGGGUAAAAUUCUAGUUAACAUCUAGCACUUCACUAGUGCUAGUAGCUUGCGGGUUUUUCUGUAGUUUUAGCUGUCCUGCGAGAAAUUUGUAAUAGUUCAGAUAUGACAAAAUUAUUAUUAUUUUUGGGGGGUUCCACGAGUAAGACACAACUCUCGUACUAGUGUGGUGAGUUUAAAAAAAAAUUAUAUUAGUAUGCUGAAACUUAAUAAUGAGGACUACGAGUAUACUAGUGCAUGGACCUUAAUCUGGAUCCAAAAAUAAAUGCUCAAUUGGGUUUCAUUUUUAGAAAAUAACAGCACAGUUGGUGGCACAGAAAGAAAUCAAUUCAUGCCAUAGCAGUCCUGUCAUUUUCCCAAAAAAUAAUAUAUACACUCUGUUUACAAGUGGUUAUUAUGAUAUGUUUUGCGUAAUAUUAAUGCCAAAAAUAGUGUUUACGUGCAAACACAUGCCUGCCAAGACAGAGGAAUCUCCUCAUAAUGUCCUGCUGUAAAUGCGAUCAAGACAAUUCUGCUUGAGAGUGAAUUUUUCUUUUUUUUUUUUUUUGUAAUUUUUGGGCGCCGCGGUUUGCCAUCAGACGUCACGUCUUGAUUAUAUUCAAUACAUA